AUGGCGCCAUCGACGGACCCUCCUCAACACGAGGCUCUUGGUGCCCUUCAGACGGAGGCAAUCAGCCCUCUAGCUGGCACUACGGAGUCCUUGGACACAUUUGAACUGUGUGUCGCGUUCAAUCGAGAAGAGGCUCGUGUGGCAUCUUCAAUAGCAUCCAGCCUACCGGCCAUUGCGGCCCUGGUCGAUGAUCUUGUUCCACGCCUCCGCUCCGGCGGACGGCUUAUUUACAUCGGUGCUGGUAACAGCGGAAGAGUUGCCUACAUGGACUGCACAGAGCUCCCGGCGACAUUUUCCGCAGACCCGGCACAGUUCCUCGCCGUCGUUGCUGGCGGAAGCCGGGCCGUAGUGGAGGCGGUUGAAGGCGCGGAGGACUUGCACGACGAUGGCGCGGACAAGAUGCAUGAAUUGCAGUUGAGUCCACUAGACACAGUCAUUGGCAUAGCAGCUUCUGGCAGGACACCGUUCGUCCUUGGAGCGCUCAAAAUAGCCAUGGAACGCAAUGCCGUUACAGCGGCUAUCACCAAUUGCCGGCCGUCCGCCAUUGAGAAACUCGGUGUCACUCAUCCCAUUGCCGUCCUGGUCGGUCCCGAGUUUGUCACAGGGAGCACUCGGCUUAAGGCUGGUAGCUGCGCCAAGCAGAUCCUCAACAUGAUUAGCACUUGUGCCAUGAUCAAGCUGGGUAAGACUUACCGUGGGCUCAUGGUCGAUGUGCGGGCUGUUAAUGACAAGCUCAAGGCGAGGGGAAGGCGAAUCGUGAGCCAGGUGUGCGAAGGGCGACCAUUGCUACAGAACAUUAGGCCGCAUGUUGCCGUGCAAGGCACCACCGAGAACGACGACAUCGAUGAUCUUGACACGACCAUUGAUGCCCUCAUUCAGAAGUGCCAUGGCAGUAUCAAGCUAGCCUGCGCAGUUGGGCUUUCCGGGUUAGAGCCAGAUACAGCAAAGCAAAUGUUGACUACCGUCCAAGGAGACCUGCACGGCUUUAUCUGUACCCUUGAAGCCCAAGCUCCAGUUGAGUCGGCUGAUGUCCGUCAACAAGAAGACUAUUUCCUCUGUGUGGAUGGCGGCGGGACAAAGUGUGCUGCUUCCAUUGCCUCCCGCAGGGAUGUUGUGGCUCAAGGUGUUGCUGGAGGUUGCAAUUUGAACUCGGUGAGCCUGGAGGAAGCUGUCGACCAGAUAAGGUCUGCGAUUGACAGAGCCGCAGGUUCCCUCAAUGGUCACUCACAAGGAACGUGGCCGAGAUUUCAAAAGGCCUGGGUGGGAAUCGCUGGUUUGCAUCACAGCCGCCAAGCAAAAGCCCUGACAUGCCGCCUCGAACGCCUGCUAGGGGUCUCGCACCAGGAUGGAAGUCUGUCUUUGACCUGUGACACUUCGCUUUUGUCGUCAUGUAUGAGCACUGAUCGCUCCAUUAACGGCUGCGUUGCUCUUAUUGCUGGCACGGGUGCUGUUGCUACAGCGUUCAGACGGGGACCUAAUGAUGCCAUUUCCCAAGUCGGAAGAGCUGGUGGAUGGGGUCAUCUCUUUGGAGACGCCGGAAGUGCAUUUUACAUCGGCCGGCGAGCAAUACAAACUGUUCUAGCGAGCCUGGAGGAGAGCCAAGGUGAGCCCUCCUCUUCUCGGCCACUCAGUCCCUUGCAGACCGCCGUCUUGCAACACCUGAACUGCGAUGGAACAGAUCUUCUUUCCACCAUAUUGUGCACCAACGCCGGCAAGCAGACAUCAAGGCUACUAAUAGGAAGCCUUGCUCCCGUGGUAACAGUCCUGGGUCUAAGGCCUGUUCAUCCCGAUCAAGAUGCACUCAAUAUUCUUCAAGACGCUGUUGAAUGUCUAGUGGACUUGUUGAAACGACUGAUCAAGGCUCGCGUUUCCGACCCAAGCAGAAGCAUCCUUGCGCUAUCCGGAGCGUUGAUGAAGGUGGAACCAUUCAAAGACUUGGUUCUCGACAAACUUAAAUCUCAAGGAAUCGCUUUCAAUGCCACAGUGCUCGUCGAGGACCCUUCCAGAUACGCCGUCGACUUUCUUGCCAGGUCAGGCCAUAUCAAGGAGUCUGUGAGGGACUUGGCUGUCGAUUCAGAGGCUAUUGAUGUCACCAGUCAACGGUUAUUGAGUCCAUGUGUACUGCUGGAAUAA